CAAUGUUACUACGUCUUGUUGCCUUGGUAACCAUGAACGCUACACUGUAUCGGUAUGUGGUUAGCUUUAUACAUUGAAACAUUACUAGUGCAGAAAAGGAAGCCUAUUUCAUUGAUAACGUAGGACCAAAACCUGAACUGGGAUAAAUCGUCGAAUUUUGCUAUUAGUCUCUCAACUUUUAGAUAUAACAAUAUGGCAACGAAUGUUAGAAUUAAUCCCCCGGUUGUUGAGUUUACCGACGUAAAAGCAGGGAAGGUUUACAAGACCACUGUCACGGUGACCAACACUGGAAUUACCUCGAAAAGAAUGAGACUGCUUGAACCCACAUCAAAGCUGUUUAAAUUCAGGGUGACAAACACAGAAACCCCCAUUGCUGCUGGAUUGUCCCUGAGUGGCACUCUAGAGUUCAGGCCUGAGAAAGAUGAGGAUGUCUGUGACCGUCUGCUCCUUGUUCUGGAAGACAAAGCCAUGGAGAUCCCCCUCUUAGCGUUCUCCCCGGUAUGUUCUCUCACCAUGGAAUCUCUCGCUGAUUUCGGCUCUGUGAUGGCAAACAGUCAGGUGAUCAGCAAAGAGGUGGAAUUGACCAAUCAGGGAUCUGCUCCAGGAGCUUUUCAGGUGCUGUAUGAUGGAGACCAGUCCAUCAGGCUCUCUCCCAGCAGUGGUGUCCUGCAGCCUGGCGCAACCCAGUGGCUGAAGGUGGAACUCUGCACUGACAGACCCACGAGGGUCAGAGAGGAGGCCCAGGUGAAGCUGCAGAACAGUAAGGACGUGGUCCUGAAGAUCAGGGCUGAUGUUUUGGACCAGAGCCUGGAGCUCCAGAACCUAGAGGGGGAGAGAUUGUCCUGCCUCCGCUUCGGACACGUCUUCUUUGGAACUUCCCGGGUAGAAAAGGUGGUUCUGGUGAACAAUGGACCACAGGCCUGCGACUGGAUGGUGGUGCUGCAGGACGAUGCUUCAGGGACAGAAGUGGGCUUUGACCUCCAGAGGAGUACAGACGCAGCGCUGAUAGAGAGGAGUGUUCGUAACAGGAACACCCCUGUGGAUCCCUCCACUGUGAUCGCCUGUGUGCCCAACGAGGGACGACUGAGACCCUACGACAAAACCACUCUGUGGGUCUGCUUCCAUCCUGUCAGCAGAAGGAGGAGCAGGGAGGAGCAGAAGACCAGUGGGGCCUCAGCAGCAGCCAGUAAACAAGACUACUCCCUCUUCCUCAAGUUUCAGACGGUGGGAAGUAAAGACAGCUUCAACCACCAGCAGCACUCCACUGUACUUCCCCACAAUGGUUACUGUGUGGAGCUGGCGGUGACUGGCUCAGCCCUCCCUGUCUCCCUGGUCCCCAGCCCCGGCAACAGCUUCAGCUUCCAGCAGUGCCUGAUGGGAGAGCGUGUGGACGUCCUGUGUGUGCUCCACAACCUCUCCCCUCUACUCUCUGUCACCUUCAAGUUCCGAAAGAUGGCCAACUUCAUCAGUGACCCUGCUAGUGGGACCAUCUCCCCAGGGCAAAGCCAGGACGUGGUGCUGUCCUUCGCCCCCCACCAGAUGGGGAAGUUCAGGGUGAAACAGGUGCUGGAGGUGCAGGGUCAGGUGGUACACCUGGAGCCCUCCUCCAUCAAGCUCCGCCUCCGCAGCUUCCACACCAUCACCCUGCACCUGUCAGCCGUUUGCCGGGCGCAGACCGCAGGCGUCACACCCAAACUCAACCCUGGAAUCACCCCGGGUGUGACCAAUGAGACAGGCCAGUAUGCCCGGGUGCCCUCCAGUGAGCUGGGCAGGUGUGUGGGAUUGGUGCGGGCAGCUGUCCUCAGCACGGCCAAGACCCGGCUCCACAGCCACGGUCAGAGGCAGAGCCACCGUAGGAACGAGAGUCUAGACGGUAGCCAGCGGGAGCUACUGGCCUUCCCCAACGACAGGGCCUGCAGCAUCCGCCCUGCCUCUCCAGACACCACCUACAGGACCAUCUUCACGGGGGUGGAGCGUUACCGCUACAUGGACCCUGACUUUUCCUUCACGGAGGAGGAGGAGCAGCAGAGACAGAGACACAGAGAUCACUACCUAGCCUUCAUCAGGAGCCUGCGAAAGACCCGCUUGCAGAAAACCACUGCGAGGCUGCAUGGUGAGGUGGAGGAUGACAUAGACAUUGGGCUCCGGCCUGCCGCUGGACUCCUCACCCCCCAGCUCUCUCUGAGGGACCUGGAGUCCAAUCACAGCCAGGAGGGGCGGAGCGUCGACCAGGGACAUAGCCAGCUAUUGACCACCUGUAUGCUGGCUGCCAUGGAGACCAGGUCCAGAUUCAGACAGGUAUGGCAGGUGACAGAGGGCAUCAAUGCACUACCCUCCACCAACCAGGAGGUGGCAGACUGCAGCCGCACCCUGACAGUUCAGCAGCUCCACCAAGUUGUCAUAAGCCCGUCCUCAAUAGAUUUUGGUGAGGUGUGUGUGGCCUCAGUGUGUGUGAGGAACCUGGACCUGGUGAACAACCUGCAGGUGUAUGUGUGGGUGCAGCUGGAGUUAGACUGCUGUCCUGAGCUGCAGCGCUCCAGCCCCCUGUCCCACGUCCUGCCCCCCCUGUCCAGGGCCACCCUGCCCCUCGUCUUAGAGAGCACCAAGCUGGGAAAGUUCCACAAGUCAAUCUCCUACACAGUGAACAGUCAUCACCGGAGCCAUGUCCUGGUUCAGUCCCAGCUGGUCCCUGUGGUCCUCCAGCUGUCCCAGAGCCAGGUGGUUCUGUCCCCUUCCCCCAGCUACCUGGCCCAGUCGGGCUACAGGGGUACUGUGACCCUGGUCAACCCCAGGAACCACCAGGCUGACUUCACCUGGAGACCCAUCAUCACAGAGACGGGCAUGGCCUUCUCCAUACGCCCAGCCACAGGUACUGUGGAGGCGUACAGGGAGUUAGACUGUGAGGUGAUGUGGCAUCCCUCUUUCUGCUCUCCUCUGGAGGGACAGUUUGACCUGUGUGUUCACCAGGGAAACACUGCACAGCUACGAUGUGUGGCCAAGCUUGGUUCAUCCAGUGUGCAGCUGGCUGAGAAACAUCUGGUGUUUGGAUCAGUACCUCUCAUCUUCUCCUCCGUCAGGACCGCAACGCUACACAACACAGGACACAACCAUGCCUACUUCCAGGUGUUAGACGUGUACCCCCUGCCUGGCAUGGUGUUGACCCCCACCGAGGGUGUGGUUCCUGUGGGGGGGCAGGCAGAAGUCCAGGUGCACCUCAACCCCGGAGCUGUCAUGAAGUUUGACACCAGAGUGGAGAUAGCUCUAAGGAACAUGAAAUCUCUGGAGCUGAGAGUGGGCGGGUCGGUCGAGCCCCCACUGGUGGACAUCAACGUGAAAUCCUUCCUGUUCCACGGGGUGUAUUCUGGUUCCAGUCAUGGCGUUCCGUUCUCCCUGAGGAACCGUUCCUCUGCCCUGGCCCGGGUCCAGUUUGACCUGUCAGAACACACUGACUUCACCAUCCACUUCCCUCCACACUCUGCAGGUACGAGCCAGGAGCCAGACGUGUUUGUGAUGGAUUUACAGGGGCAGCAGACUGCCCAGUGUUGCCUGGUGUUCUCCCCUAAACAAGUGGCAGCGUAUGACUUCAACCUGCCUGUGACGGUCAACGGUGUGGGCAUGCCUCCCUCCUCCUCUUCCUCCUCCCCCGCCCCUCCCAGCUUCGUCCCCAAGUCCUCCUCUUCCAGGGACCAACACAUCGUCACCCCGCGCCCGCUGCCCAUCGCCAUGGAGACGCUGUCACGCAGGGUGCAGGCCACAGCCCUGCGAGCCCCGCUGGAGAUGUCCCCAUCAAGUCUCCAGUUUGAUCUGGAGCCCUUUAGCCCAGUUACUACUACUUCACAAACUCAGACCGUAGAGCUGAGGAACGUGUCUGACAAGAGGGUGAGCUGGAGGACUGACUGCAGCGCUGCAGUAACACCAGGAGGGGGCAGUAGCACCAGCAGCAGCGAGGGGCUGUUCACUAUCUGUCCUACCGCUGGGACCCUGGAGCCACUGCAGUGUGUGUCUGUCACUGUCUCCCUCUGGACAGCAGGUCCGAUCGAGGUGUCCCUCCCCCUGUUUCUGUCUGAGGAGGGGCAGGAGGGGGGAGUCCCUCACCCCUACAGGGUGCUGUCUCUCAGCGCCACCCCUCACCCCCCCAGCAUCACCUUCCUCCCCCCUCGAGUCCUCUUCACCCCUGUCCCUCUGGACACACCCUCCACCACCACCCUCUUCCUGCUCCCUACCGGGUACCCCAGUGGUUCCUGUCUGCGUGUGGAGGUGGAGGAGAUGGUUCUGAAGGAUGGCAGUCGGGUGAAGCCCCUCUCAGUCAGCCUGCCCCACAACGGCACCGUCCCUCCCCAGCCCCAGCCCCAGACCCACACAGAGCCCCAGACCCACACAGAGCCCCAGACCCACACAGAGCCCCAGACCCACACAGAGCCCCAGACCCCCAUCACCUGCACAGUGACCUUCUGCUCCCCUCAGCCCCUGGGCCUCAACUCACACAUCACAUUCCUGGACCACCUCAACAACAGGUUCAGGGUGGAGGUCUGUGCUACAGCAGAUAACAGUUUGUUGACAGUGUGGCCCUACCUGGCUUUGCACCGCUCUGAGCAGCAGAUAGUCCUCAAGAGUGGUUGUCUGAGCGGCUGCAGCGGCGAAUCAGGGCCCUCUCAGAUGACAGGGAAGGCGGUGCUUCAGCCAUGCUACUCUCCCAGCCCUCUCUCUCACAACACUUCCUCCUCCUCCACCUUCGCUUUCCUCUCCUCCACCAGUAAUCACUCCAUCUCUGACUCUGGAGACAGCAGGAGUAGGACUGGGAGUGCUGGUCCAGGGCCUGGAGGGAAGGAGGACUGGUCCCAGAAGGAGACAGAGAGAGAGACGGAUGGUGUGUCUGACCAGCAGCAGGGGAUACCAGUGUUUCCAGGGCAGGACUCAGAGGAGGGGUUGUACUACCACAGCAUCCUGCAGGCCGUACAGAAGUGGUUCAGUCAGUUUGGCUGGCCCCGUGGACCAAACCCCAUCUCUCUACCACACUCUCUCAGAAGGGUGGUAUGUAGGGUCCAGACAGUAGACUCCAGCUCUAGUGAGGGGAGGAACUCCUACCUUAUGAGUCAUGGUAAAGACACACGGACCAUCUACGACAUGCUGCGUCACCUGAGUGGACAGACACUUCCUGGUGUGAGCACCAACCAAUCACUGCCCUGCAACCUUACUGAGCGCGUGCAGCAGCUGCUCCACUGGAACACAGUGCUGCUGGCCUUCCUCAGGAGGCAGGGAGCCUGUCUGUCCCACAUCAGACCUGAGUACCUGUUAGACUCCCAGGAGUUCAGCCACUGGAGCUCUCUACAGGCCCAGUGUGAUCAGAGGGGGCUGGACUACAGCAGCAAGGUCUUUGAAUCCCUCAGUAAAAGGGCCUGGAUGGAUGUUCUACUGCAGACCUACAAGGUGCUAGUCCUGCCACGGGUGACAGAGGGUCCCUUGUCCCUGGGCCUCCAGAGCUGUGACAGUGGCAGCAUGGAGCAGCAGGUCCCCAGGAUCAACCCAAAGCCCCUGGCCUCUAACGUCUACUCCACCUGGGAGAGGAGGCUACUCACCUGGCUCAACCUGCACUACCACAGCAUGAGGACUACAGUCUGGAGCCCACUCACCUCUGGAGGAGACGUCCCAUCAGCCCGCUGGGUGGUGAACUUUGACCUGGACCUGGCAGACGGCCUGGUUCUGGCUGCUGUGCUGGCUGCCUACUGCCCCUUCCUG